CUUCAUUAUAGAAGAGCUCUCCUCUCUCUCUCUCACACACACACACAAACACGCACAAUGGAGUCCAGGGUGAAGCCUGGUUUAGAUGGAACUCAAGGGACAAGGAACCAAGUGAAGGAAGACGGGGUUGGAACGCCGAGAACGGUGAGGAUAUGCGACGCGGUCCUCCGUCUCGUCGCCCUUGCAGCAACACUCAUAGCAGCGGCCGUGAUCGGCACGGCGAGGCAGACAAAGACGGUGAACAUCCAGGUGUCUCCGACUCUCCCGCCGUUGCCCCUCACGGUGGCGGCCAAAACAGCUUAUUCCUCCGCGUUUGUAUACUUUCUCAUAGCCAAUGUGAUCGCAUGCGUGUAUUCUGCUAUCUCAUUAGCGACAUCGACCGUAAAGAGGGAUAGCAAAAGUAACAUUGGAUUAUCGUUAUCCAUCAUCGACAUAGCAAUGGUGGCUCUCCUCUUCUCAGGCAAUGGAGCUGCGCUGACCUUCGGAUUGUUGGGCAAGCAUGGCAACUCGCAUGUGCAAUGGCAAAAGGUAUGCAAUGUGUUCGGGAAGUUCUGUCUCGAUGUCGCAGUUUCUAGCAUGGUGUCAUUGCUUGGAUCUGUGGCCUAUGUGCUUCUAGUCCUGCUUGCUUUAGUUAGCCUACAUAAGAGAUCUCCAUAAGAUGGAGAAAAGAAAUGUUGUAGUUCUAUAUGAUGUAUGUGAUCAUGGAUAAUAAACAAACUAUCUCUAUGUCCUCCAGCCUGUGUAUGCCAAAGAUUGAGUAGGGCAACUUACUGACAUCAGUUUGAUGCCCUCAUGUUAAUUAGGCUCAACAUUACCCAAGCUGUGAAACUUGUCCACAUAGCAAGGCUGUGAGCUCCUUUCUACAAUAACGUAUUCAACUUUGGAAUGUUGUCCUU